UUUCUUCCUACGGAUAAAUAUCAUCAACAUACUUCCAGACAACAUAUGUCUGUAUUUACAUAUUAGUACAUCGUAUGUAUCUACUAUUUCCACACAAACAUAAGCCCACUUAUUAAUUUUUGACACUUUCUUUCCCAAGGUGGGGUGGACCCUUUGUAGCUGUAAAAAAUUUUCAAGUAUUCUUUUGGAGCCCAUUUAGGGUUUUUGACAGUAGAGCAAUAUCUAAUGGAGAAAGGAGGGAAUUUUUCGGGAAAUUUUCAUGGACUUGAUUAUAUUAGUUCCCUUGAGGUCCAUAAUCAUCAGCAGCAAGACCUAAUGAAGAUUGGAUCAACAUCUGCUGAUCACAACAGCAAUCAGAUGGUGGAUUAUAUGCUGAAUAAUCCACCUCAUACACAGCCACCACCACCUCUACCAUCUAACUUUUGCAGCUCGAAUUCGUUCGACAAGUUGAGCUUUGCAGAUGUGAUGCAGUUUGCAGAUUUUGGCCCCAAGUUGGCCUUAAAUCAGUCCAAGAAUUCUGAGGAGGAAAACGGGAUCGAUCCCGUUUACUUCCUCAAGUUCCCGGUCCUGAACGAGCACAAGUUGCAAGAGGAUCAUGAUAAUCCGGUGUCGUCCCUGAUGGCUUCUCAACCUCUAGAGGAGAAUAAUCAAGAAAGGGAAGAUAAAGGGGUGGGAGGAGGAGGUGGUGAUGGUGAGAACACGUCGGUGCAGCUGAGGUUUCUUGGCGAAAAUCUUGACAAGAGCCCUCUUGCAGAAGCUAAGAGCAAGAGAAAGAGGCCGAGAACUUUAAAAACUAGUGAAGAAGUUGAGAGCCAGAGAAUGACUCAUAUUGCUGUCGAAAGAAACCGGAGGAAGCAAAUGAACGAACACCUUCGCGUCUUGAGGUCUCUCAUGCCGAGCUCCUACGUUCAAAGGGGCGAUCAAGCUUCCAUAAUUGGCGGAGCAAUAGAGUUUGUGAGGGAGUUGGAGCAACUUCUUCAAUGCCUAGAGUCACAAAAAAGGCGAAGGCUAUAUGGCGACGGGCAAAGGCCGGUCGGGGAUCCGUCUAUGGCCAUACAACAGCAGCCUCAAGCGCCAUUGGUAUUUCCUCCAAUGCCCAUUCCAAAUGAUCAAGUGAAGUUCGUCGAAUACGAAUCGGGACUACAGGAGGAAACAGCAGAAAGCAAAUCAUGCUUGGCGGACGUCGAGGUGAAACUUCUGGGCUUUGAUGCCUUGAUCAAGAUUUUAUCAAGAAGAAGGCCUGGACAGCUGAUCAAAACAAUAGCUGCACUUGAAGAUUUGCAGCUCAACAUUCUUCAUACCAAUAUUACAACUAUUGAACAAACUGUUCUCUAUUCUUUCAAUGUUAAGGUGGAGAGGCAAGGUUCACAGCUGAAGAUAUUGCAAACUCAGUUCAGCAAAUAUUCAGCUUUAUCCAUGCAAACGGCAGCAUAUAGAUGCAACAGAAUAUUAUUAUAUAUGUAGUGAAAGACUCAGAAUUAAUCUUAUGUAAUUUUCUACACAUUCUUGAAUAUCUAUAGCAACUCUUUAGUGAAGAUUUUA